ACAACAAGCGGGUGCAUGAAAACAGUGGUGCAGAGAUUCCGGCAAGUUAUUGUGAUUCUAUCCUCCCAAAACUUGCACGAAAUUCGCAAGGAUGCCACGAAAUCCGUACCCAUUUCCUCGCUUAGAAAAUGACGACAAUUUUGUAAAAGAAAAUCAAAAACAGGCUUGCAAGCACUCUAUGAAAUUUAAUGAGAAGACAAAUGGUCAAGAUCAAUGGAAUCGUUUGUUUAGGACUGAGACAUUGUCCAGUAAACGGCGUGAAGUCUUGCACUUUGAUCCACAGGCACCCAAUGAUAGUCUUGAUUUUGUGAUAAAAUCAACAUACAAUCAUCAUGGCGAGUUCCUUAGUUCAAAAGCAGAAACUCUUGUCCAACCUGAAACGAAAAAUUUUGCGCACGGACGUAUAUUGAAAAAUCGACCUCCGCCAGCCGGACCAAAGAUAGAUUUAAACAAACUUCCGCUGUUAAUCUCUUCCUCAAGCAAAAAAGAAAGUGUACAUUCAGUUACUGGAGCAAUUGAAAGUCAUCACAGCGCAGCAACAAACCGUGGAUACUCAAGAAAACACGAUGGUGGAUUCUACGCUUGUUGAGAAAUCAUACGAACAAUCAAUGAUAUCAUACUGAAAUUCUCUUGGCAAAGACCGUGCUUAUAUAAAUAUAAGUCCAAUUAUAUUUUUCGAAUUCCACGCGGCAACAACACGAUCGAGGGAUAUUAUAGUCGAUGAUUUGCUAUUUUUUAACUCAACAUUUUUUUGCAUCCAGUGAUGUAUGUCUAUAUGACUAUAUAAAUUUGUAUAUCAAUUAUUAUAUUAAUAUGGUUUGCAUGUCGA